UUUUUUGUAUUGUUCCUUCGUUCUAACAGAAGAUUUUGGAUGAGCUCGGAGGAGCUCGAGCCCAACCCUGAAUUUUUUUUCUCUUUUUCUUUUUUUUUUUUNCAAUUAAAUUUUCGUAUUUUCUCUCCUUUUCAUUUCUGAUUCAAUUUGAGGAGUUUUAUAGCGAUAGGUCGAUUUCCAGCUUUUAUAUGGUUUUGAUCUGAGACUCGCGCCGGAGAAAGAGAAGUGUAUUAUUGGCGGUGGGUCCCACCGGACCAGGCGAACGAGCAAUGGCCGCCGAGCUGAGGCGCGGGAUCUCGCGACAGCUGUCGACGGGAUCGGUGACGAAGAGCGGCAACUUCAGCUUCGGGCGGCAGAACUCCAUGGACCCGCGCCGCAACAACUUCCGGUUUAGCUUCGGGCGGCAGUCCUCGCUGGACCCCAUCAGGCGGACACCCGUGGCUGACGACGGCGGGAGCGGCACAGGGGCCGAAGGGGAUCUGGCCGUGCCGGAGAAUCUCGACUCGACUAUGCAGCUUCUGUUCAUGGCGUGCCAGGGGGAUGUCGAGGGGGUUGCAGACUUGCUCGAUGAAGGGGUUGACGUUAACAGCAUCGAUCUUGAUGGCCGGACUGCCCUUCAUAUUGCCGCCUGUGAGGGCCACGUGGAGGUUGUCAGGCUUUUGUUGAGCAGGAAGGCCAAUAUCGAUGCUCGGGAUCGGUGGGGUAGCACGGCUGCCGCUGAUGCCAAAUAUUAUGGAAACAUUGAUGUUUACAAUAUUUUGAAGGCUCGUGGGGCCAAAGUUCCAAAAAUCACUAAGACUCCAAUGACAGUUGCAAAUCCUCGUGAAGUCCCUGAGUAUGAGCUCAAUCCAUUGGACAUUCAAAUACGAAGAAGUGAUGGUAUCUCUAAGGGAUCUUACCAAGUUGCUAAGUGGAAUGGCACAAAAGUUUCGGUAAAGAUACUCGACAAGGAUGGCCAUGCAGACACUGAUUCUAUAAAUGUAUUCCGACAUGAGUUGACCUUACUAGAAAAAGUUCGGCAUCCUAAUGUCGUUCAAUUUAUUGGUGCUGUCACACAAAACAUGCCUAUGAUGAUUGUUUUGGAGUAUCAUUCAAGAGGAGAUCUUGCUAGUUACCUUCAGAAAAAGGGGCGCCUCUCCCCAUCUAAAGCAUUAAGAUUUGCUCUUGAGAUUGCCAGAGGCAUGAAUUAUCUUCACGAAUGCAAGCCUGAACCAAUCAUACAUUGUGAUUUAAAGCCAAAAAAUGUUUUGCUCGAUUUUGGAGGGCAGCUGAAAGUUGCAGGGUUCGGUGUUAUUAGGCUGUCAAUAAUCUCACCCGACAAAGCAAAAUUGGUGCAGCCUGAGGCAAUAGAUAGUUCAAGUUUCUACGUGGCUCCUGAAAUUUACAAAGAUGAAGUAUUUGACAGAAGUGUGGAUGUGCACUCUUUUGGUGUUAUGCUUUAUGAGAUGAUGGAGGGAGCACCGCCAUUUUCUUCCAAGUCUCCUGAGGAAGCUGCAAAAUUAAUUUGUUUGGAAGAAAAGAGACCUUCAUUCAAGUCAAAAUCCAAAUCUUUUCCCUUAGAACUAAAAGAGUUAAUCGAGGAAUGCUGGCAUCCGGAUUGUGUUGUGAGGCCCACAUUCUCUGAGAUCAUCAUUCGACUCGAUAAAAUCGUCAUGAAUUGUUCUAAACAAGGAUGGUGGAAAGACACUUUCAAACUCCCAUGGAAAUGAGGGAUAUGCAACCGGACAAUGUGAAUAUAUACAUCGAUAUAUCUCCAUUAUGAAAAGAAUAAGUCCAUCGACCGAGCUCGGGUGAAGAAUAACGGGAGAUGAUGGACUAUUAUUGUAAGCUGUCAUGUUGUAAACUUGUAAUAUUAUCUAAUCUACGGAGGAUAUUUUGGAGGGAGAAAGCUUUGAGAGAGAUGAAAAGAAAUAACAAAUAAGAUGUACAUUGUUUAUGUUACGAAUCCAUUUCCAUAAGAAGGUUGUUUUUCUGGAAAGGUGCAUUGUAAAUCUAAAGUUGUAACAAUAUACUUUUAAAAAUCAAAUGGCAAAUUUGCAAUGCAAUCCUAUCUGGGCUAUUUAUCUUUAAUGGGCAAGUAAGUUUAGCCAAACAUGCUAAUGGACUUCUG